UGAGAGUGGCUGGUAUACACGGGUGAGGACCUGCCCUCAUGAAGCUUACCAUAUAAAGGGGGAGACAAACGUUAAAUAAAUGGACAAACACAUAUUUGUUGAAUUAUAACUGUGAUUUUCAUUAAGAAGGAAAAAUAGAGGGCAACACUAAUGGAUAACAUUUACAUAGCACUCAUCAAUUGCCGGGCAAUGUCCUAGGCACUUUACAUAUAUUAACUCUUUUCAUCUUUAUCUCAAUCCUAAGCAGUAUAAACACUUUACAGAUGAAAAAACUGAGGUACAGGAGGGGCAAGUAACUUUCCCAAGGCCGACAGCUAUUAUUACAAGAAUAUUUAACAAAGGGACCUAAUCUAGUUUAGCAUUAUCAGGGAAGACUCUCCUGGGAAGUGACAUCCAGUAGAGAUCAGGAGGGUGAAUCUGAGUUGGCCAGGCGAAGAGGCUACCGUGGAAGUGUUCUGGGCAGGGGAAGGUCUGGAGGAGGCAUGGGGCUGGCUAACUUGAAGAACUGACGGGAAAGUAGUGAAGCUGGUAAGGCAGGCAGUGGCCAUGUUAAGAAAUUUGGAUUUUAUCCUAAAAACAAUGUACACUUUAAGUAGGGGAGAGAAAGGAUCAGAUGGGAGCUUUUAAAAGCUCUCUCUGGGGCUUCCCUGGUGGCGCAGUGGUUAAGAAUCCGCCUGCCAAUGCAAGGGACACGGGUUCGAGCCCUGGUCUGGGAAGAUCCCACAUGCUGCGGAGCAACUAAGCCCGGGUGCCACAAGUACAGAGCCUGCGCUCUAGAGCCCACGAGCCAUAACUACUGAACCCGCGUGCCACAACUACUGAAGCCCACGUGCCUAGAGCCCGUGCUCUGCAAUGAGAAGCCACUGCCUACGCACCUCAAUGAAGAGUAGCCCCUGCUCGCCGCAACUAGAGAAAGCCCGCAUGCAGCAACGAAGACCCAGCACAGCCAAAAAUAAAUAAAUUAAAUAAAUAAAUUUUUUUUUUUAAAAAAAAAAAGCUCCCUCUGGCAGCCAUGGGGGAGAAUGGCUUGCGGGCCUGCAGGAUACAUAACCUGUAUGCAGUUAGGAGAGAGGAUGGCUGCAAGGAGCGUUGGCAGCGCAGGUGGAGAAAAACUAUGAGAUUUUCUACAUUUAGGAGAGAGAAGCCGCAGGAUUUGGAAAUUGGUUAUGGCACCCGGGGAGAGAUUGCAGUGUUACACGGGGCACUCCAGCUUUCUGCUUUGGGCAUACCAGUGGAUGGUGGUGCAUUGAGCAAGAUGGGGAAGACUGGAGUUCAGGUUGAGAUGAGGAUAAGGACUGCGGUCCUGGCCAUUGUGUGGUCCCGGUCCUGUGAGUCAUCUAAGUGGAGAGUCGUGUUGGCCACUGGAUGAGGGCUCAGAGGGCAGGGCAGGGUGGAGAUGUACAUAUGGCAGUUGAGGGCACAAAGAAGAGGCUUGCGUGCACGGACCUGCCCAUGUACAAAGAGCAGAAAAGGCAGCCCAGCCCCAAGGAGCCCUCACGUUCAAAGGUCCUGUCUGCCCCCAAAUGUUGCUGAUUAGAGCGUCUCUUGACUAUUUCUCAGCAUCCACUACCUGAAAGUGGUUCAGAAGUAGCUCUCCCCCAACACCCGCUUCCCGCAGACACCCGCUGCUGGCUCCCAGACCGAGGCUCCCACGGGGAAAGCAGGAGGCCAAGCACAGACACCUGAGACCUAGUCAGACGCAGGGCUCACCACCACUGACCCCGCGCCUCCCUGUCCCGCAGUGCUUCUGGAAGAGUCCAGCGUUCCCUCUUCCGCACCGGCUUGGUCUAACCCGCUCGAUAGCCUUUUAGGGCCCCAUUGCUCUUUGAAGCGUUCGCACCUCCUUUUAACCUGAUUCAGCCAUGUAGAAAUGUUGGGAGGUGAGGCGUAAAAGGGGGCCAUCCUGUCCACAGGGUAACAGGUCGCUUUCAGAAAUGAUUUCAAAAAUCCCCGGUGCCAGGAAGUGGAGAGAACGAGGUUGGGAGAGGCGCGAGCAUUUGACGAGGUACCGCUCGCCGGGAAGCUCCCUUUGCUGGGGGUGGAUCGCAGAGUCGCGGGAUGCUGCCGCGCCCACCCGCCCCGCGUCGCCUCAGCUUCCGGAAACUCCAAGCCCCUCAGUACUCCGGCUCCUCCGAGGUUCCGGAAGAGCGCAGCGGAGCUGGCCGACUGCGCACGGGCUGGUCGCCAGGGCGCAGCGGCGGAGCCGCGGCGAGGCUAGCGCUUUGUUCCGCGGUUGGGUCUCGCGCCCUAGGGCGCGCGCAUCCCGGGGACCUGCGGGUGCGGCUCUGCCCCAGGCCCGCGGCGGAGAAGCAGGCGCGAUCCCGUGCGCCCGGAGCAGUCCCGGGACCCGCCAGGCCAGGCCCCCAGAGAAGACAGCUGCGGCGCUUCGAGAUACAAAGACCAGUGGGAUGUGGAAGCAACUGGGGAGCCGGCAAAGGGAAAGCGAAAGUCGCGGGCCCGGUCAGUGACCGGGUGAAGGCGCCCCGCCGCCCUCCCGACGCCGGCGGUACCCGGGCCUCGCCUUGUGAGCCUUCCUGGCCCAGCCCGGUGCGCCGCAGCCAUGGCCAUUGCUCACCUGGCCACCGAGUACGUCUUCUCAGACUUUUUGCUGAAGGAGCCCUCGGAGCCCAAGUUCAAGGGGCUGCGGCUGGAGCUGGCCGUGGACAAGAUGGUCACGUGCAUCGCCGUGGGGUUGCCGCUGCUGCUCAUCUCGCUGGCCUUCGCACAGGAAAUCUCGAUUGGUACCCAAAUAAGCUGCUUCUCCCCCAGUUCUUUCUCGUGGCGUCAGGCCUCCUUCGUGGACUCUUAUUGUUGGGCAGCCGUCCAGCAGAAGGACUCCUUGCAGGGUGACUCUGGAAACCUUCCACUGUGUCUGCAUAAGUUUUUCCCCUACAUCCUGUUACUGGUGGCGAUUCUGCUGUACCUUCCCUCCCUGUUCUGGCGUUUCGCAGCUGUUCCUCAUCUUUGCUCAGAUUUGAAAUUUAUCAUGGAAGAACUUGACAAAGUUUACAACCGCGCGAUUAGAGCUGCAAAGAGCGUGCGUGACCUUGACUUGAGAGACGGAGCCUGCCCAGCUCGAGAAGUUAAUGAGAACCUGGGGCAAAGUUUGUGGGAGAUAUCGGAAAGCCACUUCAAGUACCCAAUUGUGGAGCAGUACUUAAAGACCAAGAAAAACUCCAAAAAUUUAAUCGUCAAGUACAUCAGCUGUCGGGUUCUGUCACUCAGCAUUAUACUGUUAGCAGGCGUCUACCUGGGCUAUUACUUUAGCCUCUCCUCCCUCUCGGAUGAGUUCAUCUGCAGCAUCAAAUCUGGCAUCCUGAAAAAUGACAGCACCGUCCCCGAUCGGUUCCAGUGCAAACUCAUUGCCGUCGGCAUCUUCCAGUUGCUCAGUUUCAUCAACCUCGUGGUGUAUGUCGUGCUGGCUCCCCUGGUGGUCUACACGCUGUUUGUUCCAUUCCGACAGAAGACGGAUAUUCUCAAAGUGUACGAAAUCCUGCCCACUUUCGAUGUUCUGCAUUUCAAGUCGGAAGGGUACAACGACUUGAGCCUCUACAUUCUUUUCUUGGAGGAGAAUAUUAGUGAACUCAAGUCGUACAAGUGUCUUAAAGUUCUGGAGAAUAUUAAAAGCAGUUGUCAGGGCAUUGACCCCAUGCUUCUUCUGACAAACCUCGGCACGAUCAAGAUGGACGUGGUCGAUGGCAAAAAUCCUAAGUCCGUGGAGAUGAUGGGAGAGGGACAGGAGGACCAGACGGCAGAUCUCAAAGAUUUGAAUGUACACAACGGAACGAAAAUAAAUAAUGGAGAGCGGAAUGCUCGACAGAGACUUCUGGAUACUUCUUGCUGAUGAUUUUUUCCCGUGAACUUCAGAUCAGUGACCUGGGCAACAUGGGAUCCAUUUUGGCCGAAGCACCUCUGGCAGGUACCCAGCUGGUUCGCAGUAGAUGGUUCUCAGCAGAGAUACUGAGUAUGUCUUACUGAGUCCCUGGUGAAAACAAUGGUCAACAAAACGUUGUGGAGAAUGGUUCAUGAACUUCCUACGAGACAACGUGGAGACAAGUAAGCCACAGCAAACGUAGAUGUGUACGUCGUCAUCAGACGGAAAGUGGAAAGACUAAUCCUAGUAAGAGUAACAGACCUUUUAGUGCCUCAGAGAAAAACACCUCUAUGUACAGAUGGUGCAACGAGCCUCAGAGCUGCUGGAAAGCAAGGACUUUGGGAGUUUUUUUUGAUGAAAUAAUAAUAAACAUGUCAGGGUAUAAUUUAAUAUGAAUCUUGUCUGUGCCCUAGUGACUGUUGGAUGAGAAGAAUUUUCACCUGCUGACUGUGGACCCAUAGGUGGAUCUGCUCCUGGCAGUAUCCUACAUUGGAAGAAUUGAUGGAGCCUCGACUCUCAUACACCAGGCUCUGGACCCUGCUAUCUGUCAACCUUGACCAACCGAGAUCCUCUAACCACUAUGUGAUGCCCUCUGCUGCAAAGGGCAGCAGACCCAAGUGCUGCUCUGACUGAGAACUUCGUUAAUAAGAUAGCAUCGAAGGGAUAUUGUGACUUCCAUACAGGAAAGAAUGCUUCUGAAAGAGCCCAGUGGGGAAAGCUGAACAUACAGAACAAGUUAAUCCAAUCACUUUGGAAGAGGUUGUCUGCAGGGAAGUCCUCUGUUGUCAAAAGCAUUUUGAGACAGGAUGUUACUUAAACAAAUUCACAGAACACAGAAGGCUUAAAGUGAGGGACAUUUUGCCUAUUACGAUCAGAACGUAUAAAUGACAUCUGCCACAUGGGUGUGCUUGGAGCCAGAACAACUUCGCAGUUUAUUUAUAUUUAAGAACAUCUUUUAAAAAUUCAUUUAAAUUUAGAAUCGUGUGAUGUCAGAAUUGAGGCCAUUUGGGAAGAACAUUCUAGCAUUGAUGGGGAAUUAUAGAAUAAAUGUUACAAAUGGGUAUAUAGUGUAUCACCCAAGCAUUGUUUCAUAAACAUUUAAGGCUGACCCAGAAUAUCAAAAACCUUUUUCCAAUUCUGAUCAUGUAAAUAGAUCCUAACUAUGUUUACAUUUUAUACAAAAUUCUUAAAAAUGACAUCUGUGGACCUCCCUGUUUUUAUUCUUAGAAAGUUAAUACAUUGCUAGUGAAUAAUCCUCAGGAGCUUCAAAGUUUAUGGAUGGCUCUUAGGGACAGUUGUUUACCUAAUCUAAUUACAUAAGCUGCUCUCCACCUUUCAGAAUAUUCACAAAAGCAGGUUUUAUUUGUGCUUCUGUGAUGGUUUCUGAGAUGGAAAGCUAAUGAUAAAUAUCCAGGAUGCAAUCAGUGUUUUAAAUUAUUCUUACUGCGUAAUAUUUAUAAUAAUAGUGUGACUUAGAAAUGUCAGUAACCUAAAUCAUCAAUUUUGCUGCAUUUUUAUAUCACUAUAUCUGAGAUGUUAUAUCUCAGUUCUCUACACUGGUUUCUUUUUAUAAUUUGAAAAUUUUCUGAAAUAUAUUUUUCUGUGCUAUCCGUUUUUGUUUUUUUUUUUUUUUUUCAAAAAGCCUCAACUUCUUUAUAGACAGCCCCUAAUUUAUAGUUUGAAGUGGUAAAAGUAGACACAUUAUUUUAGGAGACCAGGGACUCUCUAAGCCCUGUCACAUGUAAUUCUUUAACUAGAGCCCUUAACCUCUGUGCAUCCUCCCCAUCCCUACUCUCUGAGUUCCAAUAACAUCUGUGAUGUCCCGGACAUCACGCUAGUGACUGGCUAUAAGGAUGUGAAUAAGGCAGGUCCUCAUCUUUGAGGAGUUGAGAGACUAAUAAAAGGCAGUGAAGACAGAGGCAGGUAUCUAGAGGAAGAGUGACCACACUGAAGUCCCUUCCAGAAAACUGCCAGCAAAUGCUCUGUGUUCUCAGGAAACACCAUAUUGUUUUUCUCUUUCCCAUCAUUUCUGUAGCUGAUGGUUUUGAGAGUCUAGUUACAGUUCUUCCCAGAGGUUCUUUAGCCACGUAUCCCCCAGGCUGAAGCUUAAACAAAACAAUAACACAGAAGGUGAUUUUGAACAGAAAGUGCUCCAAUCACCUUUUGUACCUUACUUGCAGGGUUUGGGGAACCCAAGCCUUGGGGUACAUGGUGCUGUCCAUGAAUAGUCAUGGCACUAAGGGUCUGAUGUGGAUGUCUGGUCACACGUUUUGGCUUGAGAAAAAGUGUUAUUAGGAAAGUUAACUCCUCCAUCCACUGCUGGCUUAGAGAGAGGACUACUUUUGAGGUGGCAGAUUUCCAAGGAUGAGGAGUCAUCAUUGCUUUACAAAAGGGGACAAACUCAGUGACCACCGCCAGUAGUAGCUGACUUUGUUUCUGCCCUGUACCUUCCUAAUAAACCACCACGAGGCCUCUAAACCAGACUUGUAACACCAGCGUUACAGCCGGGGCUGGGACUGAUUGUUCUGACAGCAGUGUCCAGCUCCACAUUUAACUUCACCAAGGGACAGGCAGAGACCCUCUAAUAUGGAGGCUCUAAACUUUGGGGAGGUUACAAACCCCCCUUGUAAGUAUGUUCUUUAAAGCUAUGGACCCUCCCCUCAGAUAUACACACAACACUACAUACACCUUCAAGGGUCAUCGUGGUCCACGCACCCCAGGUUAAGAAGCUGUGCUGUAUAAUGCCUGGGGACCGAGCUGCACGGCAGGGAGGCUCCCGUGGCCCUUGUGAAAAGCUUCUGCUUUCGACAGUAAGUCUCAGCUGUACAUUUACUUAGUGAAACCAUGUUGGCACACUUUUGAAUGAACUGUCAUCCCCUUUGAGUAGCUGACAUUAUUUCCUGGAGUCAGACUGAAAAAGUCAAUUAAAAGAACUGGUGGGGUGGGGGCAGUAGCUUGGAGUGAUCAGUCAGCUGGCAUGGACUGCUAUUGUCUCUCUGGCCACCAGAAGUGAUCUUAUUCCAAACCCAAGUCAUUGUCCCUGUGCAUGUCCCACGGACAUGCCCCUGGAAUUCCAGUGAGGCUGGAAUGUGGGGAGGGAGGGCAUACACCUGACCUGUAAGAUGCUUUGUCCUACUUUGUAGUCAUCCUGGGAGAAUGUGAGAAACGUCCCAUUGUAUGGUGGGUCUGGUUGCAUGUUUGUGUUUCAUGUGUGGAAGCUUCCUUCCUGUUCUGAGUACCCUCUCCUUUCCAAAAAUGAGCUAAGGUGGGAUGGCAGGGCACCGUGGGCACUGGCCCUGUGAGAACUGUUCAGCUCUUUGUUGCACAGCAUUUAAAAUGCGUCCUUGUUGGUUUCUUUUGCUUAUCUCCAGGAUAAAUCGAAGAUCUAGGAGGGUGGGAGUUUUUACCCAUUGCUAUAUCACAAGCUCCUGAAAAACAAUGGCUGGCGUGUAGUAGGCAUUCUGUAAAUACUUGAAUAAAUGAACACACCGUUAUAAUAAAUCCUAGUUUGUGGGCAACUGUAAUUUGAUUUUAAAAGGCAAAUGGUCCUCUGCAAGGGAGGGGAGGCUCAUUUGGCCUGUCGGUGGAGAGAGGAGUAGUUCUGCAAAUGAAUAGGUUUCUGCAUGUAAGUAGUGAGGAUUUUUAGCUUUUUAUUGUGGAGUAAGUUGUGAUCACUUUCCAAGUUCAAUACAAGUUCAGUGUUGCCUCGCAAUGAUUAGGGCAAUUGAAAUUAUAAAGGUCCUUGUCUGGGUAAUUUCCCAAAAUAACCUCUUGAAAAGGGAUGUUGAAAUGUGCAAUUGUGAGUAAUUGAGGUUUCAUCGAUGGCACUGGGAUGAAAUGGCUCCUUCUGGGCAGUCAUUGGCAUUUUCACCCUAUUUUUCACAAGUAAAGUGAAACCUUCGAGAAAGGUUGGCAAAGAUGAUAUUGUGUCGUUUGUGGAAUAUAAUAGAUAUUAAUACGUGAUUGAUUUGUCCUGCCUGCUUUAGGUGAAAUGUAUUGUUUCUGGGUUCUCUGUUUAGCUGUAAAAAUACUUUGUCAGGUAAAGCAUGCGGUUUGAUCAGUCAUUUUUCUUCAAGUUCCUAAAAGUUUCUUAGGCCUUGAGUGCUUCACCCUGCCCCACCAGAAGAGGAAGAAAGAAUUCCACAAUGUCACAAGCAUUUCCUACAAAAACUGAAGGCAUCUGCUUCUCUUUAACAAGUUGGCUCUUUUUAAAGCACCAGAAUGACAAUUUAAUGGUAUUCUAUAAUGUGGCGCUCUAGGCGUAAAUUCUUUCUAAUGAGUGCAUUUCUUCAAAACUUCUAAAGAAAAAUAAGUGUGUUCUUUCUGCUGUGUCAUUUGGUAAGAAUGAUUGGUUUCUAUUCCACAGAGGUUGAAGGAUGGGAACAAAUUACGGUCUUAGAAAAUGACCUUUACAAAAAACCAAGAACCUUGAAAGCUCUGCAUUUGGGUGGUUAUUGCUGUUAUAUUUCAUAUUUCCACACAAGUCACCUGUCCACGUCCUGCAUUCUGACCAUGCUGACUUCUGUGUAAGGAGAGUUGAAAGGCUGAAAAUCAAGGCUGCUGUGUCUGUACAUACAAGUGAAACAGUGUUUUUGUUCCGCACUGUCCUGUCUGCCUAAAUAAAAC